GUCACCAUUCCUUAUCAGCAUAUUGCUUCCUGUCGUGUGUAGCAACGGGAAGUGAUGGGGUCGAAAGAGAAGAAAAUUACACAGCAUCUGAAUUUUGUGCACAAUGACGAAAUAUGGAAGGAUCACGUUCGUCACGAGAACAUAUCCCAGAGACUGAGAUGGCCAGCAAAAUGGGGCUUCCUCAUACACGAGUACGAGUCGAUGGGCCGCCAGUUAAAAGGACUACCAACCCCAGUGUGCCGGCCGAGGACUCCAUACUCCCGCUUCCAGACCAACAAACUCCCCCCUAUCAACAAACCCAAGGGCAGACAACUUGGCUUCCCUGUGACAACGGCACAGCAGAUCGGCUGGAAGGUCACAAGGCCUAGCCACCAGCUCGAUAAAUAUGGGCCAGACACCCGGGGUCAAUGUCGCAUUCUUCGGCAGUUACGGCCACAGUAGAGUGCACCAUAGCAACAGAAGCAACGAAAAGGUUCUGAAGAGGCCAAGAUAGAUAAGAACAUAUAUGUUUUGAAAAAUGUAGCUACAUUUGUUCCCUGCCGGUAGUGUGCAUAACAACAAGGCUUGUUACAUUCGUCAUUUACGUGGCAAUUAGUAUCACAUUAAUAUUAUUUUAUAUAGAAUAAAUACACCCUAUA